ACUCUUAUCUUCUUGGAAAUUUUCUUCAUUUUUGUUAUCAUUUUCUUCACUGUUAUUAUUAUUAUUUUUAGCAUUCUCUCUCUGGAAUCUCUGCUUAGAAAACCUGAACCAUGCUCCAACAAUUGUACCAAAAUCACUUUCAGACAAUUUUUUGUCUAUAGCAGUAAAGAAAUCUGCAAUAAUGAAAAAAAUUUUUUACAUAAAUAUUAUAUGUUUAGAAUCAAAUGAAACUAGAAUAGAAGAGAUGAAAUAUUGUAUUUCAUUGUUAUUUUUAUGGAAAAUACUACCUUUGCACACACCUAUGCAAGUAAGAUUAUUAAUAGCGAAGUUGUUUCGGCGACCAAGCCAUGAAUAAUUUCUUUACAAUUUUUAAGAUUUCUCUUUCCAAGUAAAGACCUCAACAUCCCGCCCGCCUUGAAAGAGUAUCUUUCAACAUAAUAAAUUAUAUCCCAACUGUAAAUAUUUACAUCAAUACACAAUUUAAUACUCCUUAAAUAGUUAAAAUUAUCCCCAGUAUUCUUAAAAUUAAUAUAAUACACCCGUGUUAUACAAUAAUCUUAGACACUACAAAAUUAUUUCACCCAUAUUUACACAAUAUAAUAUGUUACACAAUUUUUUUUCAGUUUUAUUUAUUCUCAUUACUAUAAUACUAGCUUAUUCACUAAUUGUCCGAUAGAAAAUUUUUUACUAUAUUAUCUUUAUCAUAUAUAUUCAGUCUGUAUUUUUCUUACUUGGUAAAAUGUAUAUUUUUGAUACAGGUCUUUUAAUUGUUCCUUUUGCUACGCGCACUGACACUACACAAGUCACAAUAUCACUUCCCAUAUGAUUAUUAACAAUACGUCAGAGGCCACUGCAUCGGCGGCGUGUUAUCCUCACGUACCAGUACCAUAUCUCCAGGGUUCAAAUUGCGGAAUUGAAACGAUGUUAUUGUGCAAUUUUUCAUGAAUAAUACGUGGCUCAUUUGAUGCCCAUUUACAAGUUGAAAUCCUGCUGUUCUAAGAAUUGUUUUGAGUUCGUUUUUUAAUUGUUUGGCAUCCUCAAUAGUUCCAGCUCCUGUGAGAAGAUCGUCAACAAAAAAAUCAUGUAAUAUCGAAUUGGUAGCUAUGCUUGCUUUUGGAUAGUGGACUUUACAUUGCUUGUCAAGUUCGUUUAAACACUGAGUUGCCAGAAAGGUUGCAGAUGCUGUUCCAUAUCUGACUGUAUUUAGUUCGUAGAUUUUUACAGAAAAGAAGAACUAAAAUCACGAAGAUGAAAGCCAUUAUCCACACUAUCAUUAUUCCUUUUCUCUUCCACUUCUCUCAAUCAUACACUAUCACAGCAAUAAAUAGCUCGAGUGGAAUAUUUUACAAUCACCUAGGCAAAGCUAAAGUUACUAAUCAAAAAUUUACCUUAUUGACAUUCGUUAACGUAUCGCAUAUAGACAAUCAUAUUCAAACCAUUAACAUGCUCUAUUAUAAGUCUCUCGGAAUUUGUAAUAAACUAACCUCAAAACAUAUCGAUUUUCAUUGCCAAAAUCAAUUACAAUAUAUUAAUACAAAACUUAAAUUCAUUAAAAAUGAUUACAAUAUAAUAGCCCAUCAGGUAAUAGGAAAUCGAAAAAAGCGUGGUCUCGUCGAUGGUAUCGGCGAUGCUUUCAAAUGGUUAUUCGGAACUCCCGAUGCCGAAGAUGCACAGUUUUAUACGGAUUCUAUCAAAAGCUUGAUAGGUAAUCAAAAGCAAACAGAACUUUUAAUGCAACAACAAGUUAGAAUCGUACAAUCUACUAUCUCAAAUUUUAACAAUUCACUACAAAUCUUAAAUCAAAAUACAAAAACAUUAAACGAAAAUAUAAUGAAAUUUGACGAGUUUAUAUCCCAAACUAAUUCUUUUGAAGAAAAGCUUCAACUAGAGAACCAGAUAAGCCAACAUAUAAUCACUUUAGUUGAAAUGACUGACGAAGUCCAAAAUAUCUUAGGUAAAUAUAUAGAUGGAUUAAGCUUAGUAAAUAAGGGUAUUAUAAGUUAUCAUAUACUUAAUCCUGAAGAUUUACGUUCAGAAUUAAAAACAAUUAGUAUUAGGCAUAAUUUACCUUUAGAACCUACUUUGGAAAAUGCACUCGUCUACUUCAAACUCAUGAAAAUAAAGGCUUUUAUAAAGAAUGAAUUACUAGUAAUAGCUUUCGAGAUACCAAUCGUAAACUCGCUACUAUAUGAUCUUUACGGUUUGUAUCCGCUAUUUACGCCACAUCAAAGCGAUCCCUACCUCUUUUCCUAUAUCGAACCUUCUAAACCUUAUAUCCUACUAUCCGUAACAAGAACAGUAUUUUCAUCACUGAAUAACCUGCAAAAAUGCCAAGAGUACCUUCCAAACCAAUGGUUAUGCGAUCAAGUUACGAUUUCCAAACGCAUCGAUCACCCAAUCUGCGAAAUUCAGCUGUUCUUUAAAGAAGUAAAUCACAUCCCUAAGAAUUGCCAGGUUAAACAUAUCUAUGCAGAUACCGAACUCUGGCAUAAAAUCAACAACAACAAAUGGAUCUACGUUCUAUCCAAGCCUACGAGAACCAAUAUCCUAUGCUGA